AAUGAUAAAAUGCACAAAUACAAAAACAUUAUUUUUCAUUUGUGUUUAUCAGUUAUCCUAUUGUAUCAAACUUAUUAUAACAUAAGUGAAGACUAUUCUUUAAAAAAGUAGUAGCAAUAUAUGCCAUUUUGUGUAGAAGGUUGAAGCAGUGGCGUGUUGCAGAGGGCGAUUGUCUCUAGCCGACUCCGCGUGUCUGUGUACAUUAUCUACUAGUGCUCAUGUGGCGAGUGCGGGUGGCAACACUGUUUACCUCUUGUAUAACAGAAGCAUUUUAUCUACAAGAAAAAAGGAUGGCAUCGACGUAUGUCAGAUGCAUUCAAGGGGAGGAGAAGAUGCAGAUUACUCUGGAAUAUGGUCAUGAAGGAGGCACGUCGCGCGCAUACAAUCUAGAUCGAAAACAGACCGAAGAAGUGGGCACAGCACUUAACAGACUAAAAGUAAAUCUUGCCAAGAAUUUAUUCAAAAAAAAGAAAAAGAAGAAAAAUGUAGUUGCAGGUCUUACUGGUGGAGAAAACAAAGAGGUAGAUGCUGAAAAUACAUUAAAUGUGGUCAUUGUUAAUUCUUGUGGACGAAAAGUGGAUGAAACGAUUCCCAACCAGGUGGCAUGGGCAGAGGGAAACAAACUGAUGAUUGGAGACACCCACGUACCCAUCAUUGUGAACCCCCCAACUGUUAAGUUGCUACCCUUGCCUUCCUCUAUUAUGGCAGGGUUCCCAAUAUUUCCUAGAUUUGAGCUGGAGUUCGCAGACCUACAACAGAGUACAUUCACCUGGCAAAAAGAAGAUGUCUCACCAGUAGAAGAAGGAGCUGGAGUAGCAACAGAAGGUCACCCUGUCAUAAAGAGCACACACCCGAUCUACACCCCAGAUGCAGGAGACAUAGGGUGUCGACUGAAACUUACUUGUGUGCCUGGCAGGACAGGCCGUAGAGGCAGAGAAGACUGUGUUGUGUCUGAUGAAGUACGGCCAGGUCCGGGACCUUGUCCAUUUGAAGCACGGCAAGAGUACACGUCACACAGAACAGAAGAUGGCACUUUCAGAGUUGUAAGUUACAAUAUUCUGGCUGAAACAUACUCAGACACAGAGUAUGCCCGUGAUGUUCUCUUCUCUUACUGUCCACCUUAUGCUCUUGAGAUGGACUAUCGCCGCCAGCUGCUUUUAAAAGAAAUUACAGGUUAUAAUGCAGAUGUGGUUUGUUUACAAGAAGUUGAUCGCAAAGUAUUCGAAAAUGAACUUCUCCCUUCUUUGGACAUGCUUGGCUUCACAGGUGCUCUUAAAAUUAAGGGUCAACAAGGCAAUGAAGGUGUUGCCACUUUUAUACGUUCAGAUAAAUUCAGAAUCAUUAGCCAGCAUGAUGUUUUGCUGACUGAUAUGCUGAUGAACAGCGCUUGUUGCUCUGAUUUGCGAGAAGCUGUUGAGAAGCUGCCAAAACUGAAGGCCAAGAUAGAGGACCGUGGCAAUGUACUCCAAGCUAUGGUGUUGGAGACAGUGCAAAGUCCCCAGCGUCUGCUUAUUGUUGCCAACACACACUUUUACUUUCAUCCUGAAGCUGGGCAUCUGCGUCUUCUCCAGGCAGCUACAAGCCUGAGACAUUUGCAGUCCAUCUGUGAACUGUUUGAGCAACAGGGUAGAGAAAUAUCCUUAGUAUUUUGUGGAGAUUUUAACAGCACCCCACAUCAUGGUGUGAAUGCUUUGAUAACAACUGGAUACAUUCCUGAAGACUAUGCAGACUGGAACGAUGGGGGUGAUGAAGAGAGAAUUCAGGGGCUUCAACUCCAGCAUAGAUUGAAGCUAUCUAGUGCUUGUGGUUAUGUGGACUUUACGAACUUCACACCAAAUUUCCAAGAUAUGUUAGAUUACAUCUUCAUAGACACAAAGAAUCUGUCAGUCAAGAAUGUGGUUCCUUCUUUCACAGUUGAGGAACUCACACUGCACACAGCCAUACCCAGUGUUGUCUUUCCUUCUGACCAUAUAGCACAGAUCUGUGACCUAACAUGGUCUGCCUAGCAGACACAAAAAAGUAUAUGUUCCUAUGUGUUUGGUUGUGUAUUGUGCUGCUGAUCUGAUGCUGUUUAUAGUGCAUCCCUGUUUGUCUUCUGAUUGGAAUAAUUUCAAUAGUUUUAUGAGAAGGUAAUAUGUUUUUAUAUCUUUCAGUGAAAAAAACGACAAGAAAUGACAUGUUUGCACAAUUAAAAGCCUACUAUAGUUAUAAACUGUUAUGCAUUUUUUGUCUAGUAUAUCAUUAGUAUGUUGAACAAUAGAUAUGUAUUCUAGCCACCAAAUGCCCUGCAGUCUUGAAUUUGUCACAGUGUUAGGCAUGCUACAAAAUUUCUGGUAAGCUACCACUUUGCUGGAUUUAUCUGCCCUACAAGCAUGCCUUAAACAUUUCAGAAAGGCAUUAAUGCUUCCCUAAAUUUUUAAGAAAAAUGAUAAAAGCUGGAAGGCAAGUGACACAUUUUAACUUGGGUAUCUCUGCUUUUGAUGGUGGUAACCUAAUUAUGAUCUAUGCAGUUUAUGAUAGUGGUUUAUAUUUUGCAAAUGAUAUUCUGUGUAAUAGGGGUUAGCUGGCUAUUUUUUCUGUUUAUUUUUAUCAUUUACAUGCAUUUAUAAUGUAGGGGGAUACUCUUUCAAAGGAAGAAAUAAAGGAAAAGCGAAAGACUCAUAUUCUGAAUAACUACUACAAUUUUGACACUUUUGCUGUUUGACACACAUCAUAAACUGGUCAGUCAACAUUAAGCAAGCAAACUGCUGAUAUUCUAUAGGCUUAUGAAUGAAUAAAUUUAUGAUACCA